GAGUCCAACGGCACGUUCCGCAAACGGCGUCGGUAACGAGCAGCCAACGCCGCGGCUCCCUUUUCUCUGGCGACCUCUUCUUGCCCCGCUCAGUGUUAGGCGGCGUGCAAUGAGACUCCUGCUGCGGUCAGGACUGAGUGCUGGAGACUCGGCAGCAGCUUGAGGCACCGCUGGGCUGAGGGAAGACGAAGGCAGCAGUAGCCGAGGCUGGGUAGAGGCGCCCCCGCUGCCAUCGCCGGGAUGUCGGCGCACAGCCUGCUCAACAGUGUCUUCUCGUGCUCUUCCUCGCCGGCGGCUGCAACUAGCGCCUCACCUUCUUCCAAGAGCUUUUCUAAGCGGAGGCUCCGCCAGACCCGCAGCUUGGACCCCGCUGUUAUUGGUCGCUCCGGCGGGGAAGAAGCAGCGGCGGAGAGCCUAGUCCGCGCUCCCCGGACCAGGGCGGUGGGCAGCCCUUCGGCAGAGUGCUUGGCGGCCUUCUCGUCACGCGCCCUGCUGCGCCCGGCCAGCGCGGGGACGCCCCAGGGCGCCGCCUCACUUUCUACGCCCAGCACUCCGCUGGACAAGUCUCCCUCGGGUAGUUUCCACUUCGACUACGAGAGCCCUCGGGGCAAGAGGUAUACGGCGUGGGAGCUGCCUUACUUGUUGCGCGCGCCCUCCGCCUCGGCUCUCAGCGGCGCCCCUGGCGGUGGUGGCGCCAACAGCAUCUUCCUUUCACCCCGAAAGUGGCUCCAGCAGAGGAAGGGCCAGCAGCUGCCCAGCAGCCACGCCUCCGCCUACGUCGUGUGGAAAUCCGAGGGUGACUUCACUUGGAACAGCAUGUCAGGGCGCAGCGUUCGGCUGAAAUCUGUUCCUGUUCAAAGCCUUUCGGAAUUAGAGCGUGCCCGGCUACAGGAAGUGGCCUUUUAUCAGUUGCAGCAGGACUGUGACUUAGGAUGUCAGAUAACUAUUCCCAAAGAUGGACAAAAGAGGAAGAAAUCAUUACGAAAGAAACUGGAUUCCCUUGGAAAGGAGAAAAACAAAGAUAAAGAAUUCAUACCACAGGCAUUUGGAAUGCCAUUAUCACAAGUAAUAGCUAAUGAUCGAGCCUACAAAUUGAAACAGGAUACCCAGAAGGAAGAGCAGAGAGAUGUUUCAGAAUUUGUAGCAUCCCUUUUACCAUUUGGGAGUAAAAGACAGAACAAAGAACUCUCAAGCAGUAACUCAUCUCUUAGCUCCACCUCGGAAACACCAAAUGAAUCUACUUCCCCUAACACACCAGAGCCAGCCCCACGAGUAAGGAGGAGGGGUGCAAUGUCUGUGGACUCGAUUACUGACCUUGAUGAUAGUCAGUCUCGACUGUUAGAAGCUCUACAGCUGUCAUUGCCUGCUGAAGCUCAGAGCAAGAAAGAAAAGGCCAGGGACAAGAAGCUAAGUCUAAAUCCUAUUUACAGACAGGUUCCUCGGCUUGUAGACAGCUGCUGCCAGCAUUUAGAAAAACAUGGUCUCCAGACAGUGGGGAUAUUCCGAGUUGGGAGCUCAAAAAAGAGAGUAAGACAGUUACGUGAAGAGUUUGACCGUGGUGUAGAUGUAAUUUUGGAUGAGGAACACAGCAUUCAUGAUGUGGCUGCCUUGUUAAAGGAGUUCCUUCGUGACAUGCCUGACCCACUGCUGACCAGAGAGCUUUAUACUCCUUUUAUCAACACUCUCCUAUUGGAGCCUCAUGAGCAACUUAGCACCCUGCAACUCCUUAUUUAUCUUCUACCUCCCUGCAACUGUGACACCUUACAUCGACUCCUCCACUUCUUGGCCACCGUUGCUAGCCAUGCAGAAGACAGGAUAGACGAAGACAGCCAGGAGAUUCCUGGAAACAAAAUGACAUCGCUUAACCUAGCCACUAUCUUUGGGCCUAAUCUGUUACACAAACAGAAGACAACAGACAAAGAAUUCACAGUUCAAAGUACUGCUCGCGCCGAGGAGAGUACUGCAAUUAUUGCUGUUGUACAAAAGAUGAUAGAAAACUAUGAAAUGCUCUUCAUGGUCCCUGCUGACCUGCAAAAUGAAGUUCUGAUCAGUCUGCUUGAAACUGACCCAGAUGUUGUAGACUAUUUGCUGAGAAGGAAAGCUUCACAGUCAUCAAGCCCUGAAAUGCUCCAGUCAGGAGGGUCAUUCUCGAUGGGAGGAAGACAUUCUUCGGUGGACUCAAACAGAGCCUCAAGUGGUGACAUCUCCCCUUAUGACAACAACUCCCCUGUGCUCUCUGAACGGUCUCUUUUGGCAAUGCAAGAAGAUAUGGCCCUUGGUUCCGAGAAGUUAUUCAAAGUACCAGAACAAUGUAUGUUAGUCAGCAAUUUCCAGCCAAAAUCAAGGGAGAAUUCCCUGGGAUCAUGGCUUGAGAAAGAUGCUUCAGAGGACUAUUUUGACAUUUGGGGAACCUGGCAUUCAACGCUAAAAAGUGGUUCCAAAGAUCCAGGAAUAACAGGGUCAUAUGGAGACAUCUAUGAGAGCAGCUCGCUGUGGCCGGGGCAGUGCUCUCUUUCUCAAGGGAAUCUAUCGCUGACUUCACCUCGGUGGCAGGGGAACACCACAGAAUUAGACAACUCAAGACAAAUCAUCCGAAGGAGUCGGACAACUGCUGCGCUUCCUGAAUGUCGACCUCAUCCACCCCUCUCUCGCGUUUGCAGUACCCCUCAAAUCGAAGUUGGCAGAAGAAAUUCCAGCCAGUCUAAUUCAGAACAACAUUUGCCUAUGAGUAGCACAGAGCACUUUGCCGAGUGUGACUCGGAUAUAGCUUGUUUGCACAGCACAGUGAACCCUUUGUACCGGAGGCAAAGUGAAGUACUUCGAAAAGGCAGACCGCCACCGCCACCUUAUCCUGACACAGGAAAACAAAGUUCCACCUCAUCCCAACCCAUUCCACCUCAGCUAACAGUCUCCUCAGUAGAGCAUCCAUUGUGGAGACUUCAGAGGCCAGAAACUCAUUCAGGGAGCAUAGGAGGAAGCAGAGAAUUGACUCUAGUGCCUGAACAAUCUGCCCUAUGUGAGGACCAACAGAACAAAAUUGAAAGGAAGUGCUCUACAACAGAUAAUGAGCAGAACAGUAACAAUUUGUCAGAGCCAGACUGGCAUGAUUGGCAAAGGGAUCGCUGGCAAAUUUGGGAGAUUUUAUCACCUGAUAAUCCAGAUGCCCUUCCAGAAACAUUAGUAUGAGUAGAGAUGCCAGUGGCGGCCAUGUUUUCUCAGUUGAGGAAUGAAUGCAAACAAUGGACUAGAUUUCAGCUUUAUUUUAUACCAAACAAAUGCCAUUUAAAUUUUUUUUUAAACUAUGUUCACUUUAUAAAGAACUGAAUAGCACUGUAAAGCAGUCUUUUUACAAAUACAUUUUGUAAUCACAAGAAGGAAGAUGAGAUGAAAAAUUCCAACCCUAACCACUCUGUAAAAUAUAAGAUGCGUGGAAAAUGAAAACUACAGCUUUGGUGUUGCUAAGAUGUAUUUAUGUAUCUGCAGUUCAGAUGACUGUAUAUUCUGCAAAAGGUUUUUGUAUAAUAAUAUUGUGUUCAUAUGCAGAAAUCAGCCUUGACUGCUUUUUUUUUUUUAAAGAUAUUUUCAUCACUGCACUUAGUUACACUGCCACAAUAUAUGUUGAAGCUCUCUAGGAAGUGCACAAGCUGGUUUCUGUGCUUUUAAGUAACUUGUUUGUGGGAGACACAUAUUUUCACUGCCUAUGAAAAACACUAAUGUGGAAUGAGAACACAAAAAGCCAUAUUUUAUAGUGGGAAAGUUAAAGAAGAGUAUCUAUCAAGUUGUUUUGCUUGCAAGCAACAGUUUGAAAUGUGAUGCAAUAUGAUAAAAUAUAUAUUUUUAGAAUGUAUUAGAAAGCAAUUUCAGUUAAUCCUUCAGAAGCAAGGUCGUGCCUACACCAUUCCAGAUCAACUGCAAUUUUAUAUACUAGGGUACAUAAUAUAUAUAUUUUAAAUGCAUUUUUAAAAAUCGAACUGGAAUCCAAAUUAAUAACUAAAAACUAACACUUCCUCCCCCUUUUUAAGCAGCAAAGCUGUCCAUAUUAAAUAGCUCCUUCUGUACAUUUAAUGACAAGUAUUUACAGGAUCCCAUAUAUUGAAUCCAGAGUGAAUAUGACCACUAUAUGAAAAUGAUGUCAAACGUUGGGAGGGAACAGUGUGCCAAUUUACUACGAUGUGAUAUUUGUUAUAUAUUGGCAUUAAUGCAGAUUGUAGCUAAACUGUUGAGAGCCAGCAGGUGGCAAUAUAGUGCCAUUUUUAAAAGUUUUUUCCAACUUGACAAGGGAAAGGUGUAUUUUUAUAACAUCAGUAACCUUCAUUAAAAUGAAGUUAAAGACUUGUGAUGUCUUGUGCCAUAACAGUGGAAUAAAAGCCUACAAAAAGUAAACAUUUUUCCAUUUAUUGUUGAGAUUACAAGGUUGCCUCACAGUUGAGGAAGCACAUUUGAAUGUCCUACAAAUCUGCACAUGUAUUACCUGUGAUUACAACCAAACCCUUAAAAUAAGCUGUAUUUGGGGGUGCUUCUAUAACUAGAAUUUGUAUCACAUGAAUUCCUCCUCGGAUUUUUGUAUUCUGAAUUAACUGGUAUUGUUUCAAAAGUGGAAUUUGAUGCAUUGAAUUUUUUUUUUAAA